AUGGAAAAUUAUCAUGUCUUGCAUUUAAUAGGUGAAGGUCAAUUUGGAAAGGUAUUUAAGGGAAGAUAGAAGAAAAGCAAUUAGAUGGCAGCUUUGAAGUUCAUAAGUAAAAGGGGAAAAACAGAAAAAGAUUUAGCAAAUUUGAGAUAGGAAAUUGAAAUAUUGAGAAGAUUGAAGCAUGAAAAUAUAAUCUUAUUAUUAGAUGCAUUUGAGACGUAAGGAGAGUUUUGCUUAGUAACUGAAGUAAUUUAAAUUGUUUUACUUAUUAGUUUGCUUAAGGAGAAUUGUAUGAAAUUUUGGAGGAUGAUCGUAAUCUUCCUGAAAGUGAAGUUAGAAAAAUAGCAUAAUAAUUGGUUAGAGCACUUCAUUAUCUGCAUUCAAACAGAAUUAUUCAUAGGGACAUGAAACCCUAAAAUAUUUUACUAUCUGCCAAUGGAAUUGUUAAAUUGUGUGAUUUUGGAUUUGCAAGAGCAAUGUCUACAAAUACUUAAGUGUUGCAUUCUAUCAAAGGUACUCCACUUUACAUGGCUCCAGAGUUAGUUUAAGAAUAACCUUAUAAUCACACCGUUGAUCUCUGGUCUUUGGGGGUGAUUUUAUACGAACUUUUUGUUGGCUAACCACCAUUCUAUACAAAUCAAAUUUACUCUUUAAUUCAACUUAUCAUAAAGGAUCCUGUAAAAUAUCCAGACAAUAUGAGUCUGGAAUUCAAAAGUUUCUUAAAAGGACUACUCAAUAAAACACCUUCUGAUAGAUUAGGAUGGCCUGAUCUGCUAAAUCAUCCAUUUAUAUAAGAGUCUGACUAAGAAAAAUAUGAAAGGAAAAAAAGAUUAGAAUAAUAUAGUUAAUGGGCAGGUGUGGAAAAUGAAGUCAUUGAUAAACGCAAAAGAUCUUUAACACCUACAAGAGAAAUCAUAACUUAUGAUUAAGGUAAAGAUACAAGAGAUAUCUCUCCCAGAAGAAUGCCUUGCAAUGAUGAAUAUUGGGUGAAAAGUGAAUAAAUUGCCAAUGAUGUUCAAGGGGCUACAUAAUUAAGGUGCGACCCUGGAUUUCUCGAUAAAUUGCUUCAAGUUUUAGCUCCACCAAAGAAACCCUCUUUGCAUUGCGCUUUGAAAGUCUUUGGAUAAGUUAUAACCAAAGGAAACUUAUAAGAAGGCUUGGAUGUUGUUAAAAACUAAUAAAUUCCUAUUUAAUUGGUUACUCAUGUUAAGAGUAUUCUAAAAUAAGGUAGUUCUGAAUUGCUAUCUGAGUUAAUUAAGACUAUUGGACUUUUGGCCAAAGCCACCUUUGAUAAAAAUAUUGGAAUUGAUAAUAUAUUUAUUAAAUUCAUUGGCAUGACUGCCCAAAUUCUGAAGAUUGGAUAAAAUAAUGAAUUAAUCAACACAAUUAAAACUAUUGGGAUAUUUGCUAAUUAAGCUAGUCUAAAUCCAGUUAGAUCUGUAUUGUUUUAUAAAGAAUUAGUUGAACAUAACUUAGCCUAAGAAACUGCUAAACUGACAAAAAAUAAUGUUACUCUUCACAAAUUUGCUACUUAAGUAAUUGGAGUAUUGAUACAUCCUAUUCAUGGAGAAAUAUUUAGUUUUCCUUGGAAAAAAGGAUAUUCAAUCUAAAUUUUAAAUUUUAAUGAGGCAUUACCUCUGUUUGAAUCAAUGAAAAACUAGAUAGUUACUGCUUAUGCAGAUAUUGAUCAUAUGAAAAUUUAUAAUGAAUAAGAUGAAUAGUAAAAUUUAACAAGAAUCUCUGUAUUGAGAAUUUUAUUAUAAAUGAUUAGAGUUAGUAAAGAUGUUCAUGUUUCAAAAGAACUGAUUAGUCAAGCACUUAAUUCUGAUGAAGCAUUAUUUUAAGGAACUGCCUUGUUAAUCUUAGUUUAAUAAUAUAAGAAUAAAAAUUAGGAAUAUUAGGUUAAUUUAUAACAGGUGAUUGAAAUUUUUGAGAAUAAUAUUUAGUUAAAUCCUAUAGUUUCUUUAUCAGCAAUUCAGUUGAUUGCAGAAUUAUUAUAAUAAGAAACCAACUUUACGAAUCAAUUACUUAAUUAUUUUAGCUAAUAACUACCUUACAAAUUAUUAAGCGAACUGGUCAAUCCGAAUAAAAAACAAAAUAGAACAGAAGAAAUUAGAAAGCUAGAGGGUAGCAGUUUUGGUUGUCCUAGUUAUGGAUUCGUUGAUGGAGUUAUUACAUUGUUACAAAAACUACUAUUCAGAUAUAAUAAAGAGUAAAAGAAAUUGACAGAUCUGUUUUAAUUGUUGGAAAAAUAUGAAAUACAUUAAUUAUUGUUCUAAAUUUUAUUGAAUGUUACUAGCAGGAAUGAUGUAUCUCCAAAAGGAUUUGUAUCGUUAUUAAUUUUAAUUCAUGAUUCAAUAUACUCAAAUUUCAAAGCCUUAGGAUAAUUAAUCUUUUAAGAAAACUCUAUUAGAAUUUUGUGUUCCUUUUUAAAAGAAGCUUAAUUAUAAAGUAUUCAAGAAUGGCCAUCUUCUAGUGGAGGAGGCUUGGCAUGCGUAAAUGUAAUGAGCAUUUAAAUUAUUCGAAUUUUCAUUUUGGCAUUUUAAGAAUAAAAUUGUGAUAAUGUAUUUAAAGAAUUGAGUAAUCAAGAGAUAGUAGCUUUAACUUUAAAUUUGAUCAAAUAUUUAUAAAAAGAUCACAUAUCUUUAGUUAUUUCAUUCAUUUCAAGAUUGGUGGGAAAUAAUGAAGAAGACAAACAAUUUGCAUAAAGUUUUGUAUAAAACAAUGGAUUGGCUAUUUUGUAGAAAUAUCAAAUAAUGAGUGUUGAUUCAAUUAAUAUCCUUUCUUAAUUGGCCAGGAUUAGUAAAGAUUUUUAUCCAAAUAUUCAUUCGAUUAAUUUGUAUACUGACUUGAAAUAGUAAAUCUAAUCUCCUGAUUCUAAUGUUAGAGCAAAAGUUUGCAAUUUAAUUGGUAAUUUGUGUCGACAUUCUUCCUUUUUUUAUGAGCACUUACUAAAAUUUGAUUUAAUUAAUCUUUGCAUAAAAUGUUGUCAAGAUCCAGAUAAACAUACACGCAAAUUUGCUUGCUUUGCAGUUGGAAAUGCAGGAUUUCAUAGUGACAGAUUGUAUGAAUAGUUAAGACCAGUUGUACCAAUGUUAGUUGAUUUAUUAAGAGAUUAAGAAGUAUAUUUAUUAUUUAAAAAAAAGGAAAAAACUAGAGCAAAUGCAGCUGGAGCAUUAGGAAAUUUUGUGAGGAAUUCUAAUGCCUUAACAAAGGAUUUAAUAAAACAUGGAGCUUUACAUUAAUUAUUAGAAUUAGUGAAGACAGACAAAGGGUCUCAACCAACAAGAAUAUCCUUAUUUUCUAUAGGGAAUCUUUGUGCUUAUCCUGAAUGUCGAAAGAAAUUUGAAGAAUUGUAAAUUAGAUAGAUAAUCGAAAUGACUUUAGUAAAUAUAACAUUAAUUAUAAGGCAUAAACAAAGGAUUAAUAAAUAUUAAAAUAUGGAAAAAGAAUAUUAAUUAAGCUAGAUGAGAAUUGA